AAAAUAAAAAUGGUUCCAUAUAGAAUUUUUUUUGUUUUUUCCAAAAAUGCUACCAUUGAUUAUUAGCACGGCAGGCUGAGCAGCGAAAGUCCACUCUGCCACUUUCACGCUAAACUGAACCUUCGCAGCUCGUUCCGCAGAUUCCGAUUUGGCUCCUUUUACUCAAUCAAUCCCUACUGCACACUCCACCUCUACCACCACCGUUGCCAGCGGACACUGAACAGUCUUUAUCAUCGGAAACCACAUUUAAGUUCCCCGGCAAUGUCGGCCGGAAAGCUCCAACAGCAAGCGUCACAACACAUGUGUUCUCUAAAAGGUUCACUCCUCACUCUCGCUAUCCUAACCCUAAUCUCAUUCGCUUACCUUCCCAUCAAUUCUCUCCAAUCCUCGUCUUCAUCGUCCUCCUCCAUUUCUUCUCCUCUGCUCUCCAGUUCCGUUGUAAAGCAGCCACAGGAAGGGACGGUUAUAGAGACGGAGACAGAGACAAACAAGGAAGGGAAAUUAUUUGAGGAUGAGAUAUCGGAUCUGUACUACCUGCCUCAGAUUUUCAAAUUGAAUUACGAGGCAAUGGAGAGGGACUUCAAAGUUUUUAUAUAUCCCGAUGGGGAUCCCAACACCUUUUAUCAAACACCUAGGAAAUUGACUGGCAAGUACGCUAGCGAGGGCUAUUUUUUCCAGAAUAUCAGAGAGAGUCGCUUUCGGACUGAGGAUGCCGAUCAGGCUCACCUCUUCUUUAUCCCCAUCUCCUGCCACAAGAUGCGAGGCAAGGGAACCUCCUAUGAGAAUAUGACCAUUAUUGUUCAGAAUUAUGUGGAGAGCUUAAUAGCAAAGUAUCCCUAUUGGAACCGAACAUUGGGUGCAGAUCACUUCUUUGUCACUUGUCAUGAUGUUGGUGUAAGGGCAACUGAAGGAGUUCCAUUUCUUGUAAAGAAUGCAAUACGAGUUGUGUGCUCCCCAAGCUAUGAUGUUGGAUUCAUUCCACACAAAGAUGUUGCUCUUCCUCAAGUAUUGCAGCCAUUUGCCCUUCCAGCUGGAGGGAAUGAUGUAGAAAAUAGGACAACACUUGGUUUUUGGGCUGGUCAUAGAAACUCUAAAAUUAGAGUCGUUUUAGCACGUGUGUGGGAGAAUGAUACAGAGCUUGAUAUUUCCAAUAACAGAAUAAGUAGGGCUACUGGACAUCUAGUGUAUCAAAAGAGAUUUUACAGGACUAAAUUCUGCAUAUGCCCUGGUGGCUCUCAGGUCAACAGUGCUCGCAUAGCUGAUUCAAUCCAUUAUGGAUGUGUUCCUGUAAUAUUAUCCAACUACUAUGACCUGCCAUUCAAUGACAUUCUUGAUUGGCGAAAAUUUUCUGUCAUACUUAAGGAGCAAGACGUAUACAGCCUCAAGCAAGUUCUCAAGAACAUGUCUGAUGAUGAGUUUGUAUCUUUGCAUAAGAAUUUGGUUGAGGUCCAGAAGCACUUCCAAUGGAAUUCGCCUCCAAUCAAAUAUGAUGCAUUCCAUAUGGUCAUGUACGAUCUCUGGCUGCGUCAUCAUGUUAUUAAAUAUUAACUGGAUAACGGGUGCGUUUCCAAUUAACUUUUGUAUACGCUUAAAGGUUGCACGCUAACAACCCAAAGCUUGUAAAUUAUUAAUGUCAUACUUAAUGACUCUUUGUGAAUGGGAUUCUAAGACAAUUAAGGUCAUUAUUUAAUUUGUUCUUUA